AUGAUUACCAACCCAGGCCCACUGCGCGUCACCUACUCGCCCGACUACCUCGACUGGCUGUACCGCGCAUACCGGGCGAAGCUGAAGUACGCUGAUGAGCGCAAGAAGGCGGAGGAGGUGUUCAACGGUCUUCUACUGACGAGCCAGACUGAUGUGCAGGGGUCUGCCGCUGCCGCUACGCUACCUGGUGCCCCACCGCCGGGACAGACGCUGCGUCCCCGCCACUCUGUGCGGCGGCAGGCAGGCGAGGCUCGACGGGCGGCUGCCCAGGCCAAGCUCGACGCUCUUGCGCAGCAGCAAGGUAUGCUGGACCUCUUUGAGCGGCAGCCGCAGUUUCCUGCGAUUCACAUUGAUAAGGCCGCUCGCUGCCACGUGGUGGAGCUCUUUAAGGAGAUGGUGCUCGACCGUGCCUGGAAGCCAGAGGAGGUGUGGGACAAGGCGCUCUUGUACCGCGCAAUUCUAGCGGAGCGUCAGGCGUCCUACCCCGCUUCGUACCGGUACAUUCUAGACACAGUGGAGGCGGUGUCGCUGGCACCACGUGAGAGCGGCAGCAAUGCCACCCACACCAGCAGUAGCAGCGUUGGCGCGCGCUCCUUGACGGAAUCUUCUCGUGUCACGGUCGGCGAAUCGACUUUGGCCAUUCCUAGAGAAGACGACUACGUUUACUUUGUGUACCUGGUCCGGCGUUACUACAUUGAUAAUGCAGUAGAAGGACAUGUCGUGUUGCGCUGCCACCGCCACCCGAACGCGUCAGAGCUGCUCUUUUCCCACCCACCACCCAAAGAUGAGCAGGAGGUGCUGCGGAACCUCUACAGUCCACGCACCGCGAGGGCGACGCAGAGCAAAGCUGUGUCUGCUGAGACUGAGGAUCAGGCAGCCGCGAUGUCAAAGCAGAAGCUGUCCACAGCUGCCACCAUUGCCCGCCCACGCCCCCCGUCUUCUUACCCACCCAUCGAGGCAUUGUGGCGCUGCGCAGAAAAUGAAGCGUUGCUACGUGUGCUGGUCUUCGGUGAGCUCAACCUGCUCGUGUCGGAGAACCCAUUCGUUCGGUUUCCCAACGCACAGGCAUAUCUGACGCGACCGUCGUCGAGCACCCUCGCGCCUGGCGCAGCAGGGAGCUCUGUGGACGGCGCGGAGGGCUAUGGCGGACAGCAGCUGCAGCCCCGUCGCGGAGGCGGAUACCGUGACGCCGGUAGUGACGGCGGCAUCUCUCUCUCUAGCGUGAUUGCGGAGAAGCGCGGCCACCUUCUUGCGCCUCUCUCUCGCAACGUGGCAAUGAUGAUCGACAGCCGCGCCAACGAUGUUCGUCGCCUCCAGCAGCGCUACGAGCGCGAGGAUGCCGCGGCGUUCCAGAAGAUGCUGCGCGGUGGCGUGCAGGCAGAGGAGAACCCCAGUCUCUACUCUGCCUACUCGGACUGGAGCUACUUCAACCCACGGGCCGUGCGUGCAGAGGAGCGCGAUGCGCUGUCGCGGCAGACUGUUGCGGCCCUCAAGACUUAUGACCAGGCCUCCAGGGAUAUCUAUCGCGUGGGAUUUGAGGAGGCUGAGGCGAACGGUGCCGUUCGCCCUGUGGAAGGGGUGAAUAACGCACCAUCGUACGUGCCCACUCUACCGCACUUCGUGGCACUGGUGAAGAAGGAUCCGUGUGUGUCGUUCCUGGCUCAUGUGGCGCUGCCGGAGGAGUAUAACUCUGCUUCCGCUGCCGCCACGGGAGUCUCAGAGAAGCACCAGCUGGAAAAGCUUGUCGUGCAACUCGCUCGCGCGCUGUAUCGGACGGCGCUUGAAUUUCACAAGCAGUCACUGCGCCGUGUAAACCGGCAGAAGGUGCAAGUGGCUGCAUCGCUGCUGGACCGCUUUGUAGCCGAGCGCUGGCGGGUAUACUGCGUGGCUCACCCGUCGUCAGAGGGCGUGCGCGACAUGGCACAGCGCUUCAGUGCCUAUGUCCCCUUCGAGGGUCGCAUUCUUGACGAGAGCGGAUUCCCGACGGACGCGCGUGUGGAGGACUAUGAACGGUGGAUGGCAGCGCCGUCAGUGUAG